GAAAAUUGUAUGGUUAGCGUUGCCAUUGAUUUGUGAUUUCCUUUUCCUCUGAAACCUUGCUAUCAGUCGGUGUCGACAAACAUAUAUAAGUCAUGGGUAAACCUAAAGGACUCCGUACCGCACGUAAACAUCGUAAUCAUCGCCGCGAACAGCGCUGGCACGACAAGGACUACAAGAAAGCACAUUUGGGCACCCGAUGGAAGGCCAAUCCGUUUGGUGGCGCUUCUCACGCCAAGGGUAUUGUCCUGGAAAAGGUUGGCGUUGAAGCUAAACAGCCUAACUCGGCCAUUCGUAAGUGUGUUCGGGUACAGCUGAUCAAAAACGGCAAAAAGAUUACGGCCUUUGUCCCACGGGAUGGUUGUCUCAACUAUAUCGAAGAGAACGACGAAGUAUUGGUGGCCGGUUUCGGUCGUAAGGGUCACGCUGUCGGUGAUAUUCCCGGCGUCCGAUUCAAAAUUGUCAAAGUGGCCAAUGUCUCACUAUUGGCAUUGUAUAAGGAGAAGAAAGAGCGGCCAAGAAGUUAAAGAUUGAUUGGUUCGCCGAAGAAUUUAUUGAUCCAUUCAUUUAAUUGAUUUAAUUAUUAUAUAUUAAAAAUUGUAAUAAUAAUAAUAAUAAAAUGUUUUGAAUUAAUACAUGUUUUUCGACUAUAAGUUUUGUUUUAUAUCUGAUUAUUGAUUAAACUGUUGUCAAU